ACGUGUCCGAUUCAAAAACCGAAUGCUUCCCGUCUUUCAGUUCGUAAAGGUGACGUCAUAUCCUGUUUGACGUCGUGUCCCGGAUGUCGGACUAGUCGAAGCGUGAGAAGGCGAUCGUUUGGCAGCGAAAACCAUCCCCCUUCCCCUUCGCCCCUUCAAUUCCUUCACUCGGCGACGUUUAAUGGAAUGUUUUUGAUAUUUAGAGGCCAAGAAGUGUUACUUUCGGGGAUAAAGUGAGAAAUGAGACAAUACGGCUGGGAAUUCGACAUAAUAACGUUAUUAUUGUCGGAAUGUUACUCGGAAAGUUCGAUUUGGAUUUUGACAAGGAGAUAUUUGUCUUUGGAUACUGAAUUAACGUAAGUGAUGAAUGCGUAGAAGCCAUUCUCAUGGAAGAAAUCCUCCCUUCGCGGCGCCAAACUGUUGUCGACCGACUUCGCCGCAGGAUAGAACUUUACCGUCGCCACCAAGAAGAUUGUAGUCCUCGCUACAACCAAACAGCGCUCGGUCUGUACGAACAACAGCGUCAUGAGACAUUGCUUCUCAAGCAACGUUACUUGGAGUCUAAGGCUAAAAAAGUACGAAAAAACGACCACAAGUCUGUGAAGGACACUACCUGCGGAGACAGAAAUUUAUUAGUGGGUCCGAAAUUAGCAAAAAGACCAGCAGAAAUAUUAGGUUCACCAGUGACGGCAGAUGGCCUUUCCGAUGAUUUACGACAUUCAAGUAAAUUAGCCAGAAACAGCUAUCCUGAUCAAAAUACCAUUAAAUCUGGAAAUUGCGACAAAGAAUCACAACAACCGUCUCUCCAACAACAGCAGCAGCAGCAACAGUCUCAAUCCCAGCAAUCGCAACAACAGCAGCAACAACCAUUGCCCAGUUUUUCCGUUCAGAUUGUUCAACAAUUUACCAGUUCUAAUGUGUCGCAUGCACAACAUUCUCAGACCAUUCAGACUAAUGUUACGGUGAAAGCAUUGAAUGGAAGUGUGAAAACUUCGGGUUCGCCUCUGGCUACAGCAACAAGUAGUGUAUCUACUGGUAGUCCGGCAGUUUCUGGUAAUAGUUCUAUUUCUGUUGGCACAAAUGUCGAAUGUAAACAGGAAAAAGAUAUUACAGGUCAGUGCUGUAAUCAUACCAUAAACGAUGAUAUGCCAAAUCUCGAUCCCACAAACGAUGGUCCAUCGCGUGUGGAGAGGUUUUCCGAUACAUUUUCCAAUCUUAAUUUUCCGGACGAUUCCGGUGACGAUGUUUUUCAUCCCGAUAUUUUAAAGGAUCUGAUCGAAGAUGUGUUCACCAAUCCUUCAGAUCUUCUUAUGUUCGAAGAUAGCGUCAGUAGUGUUAAAGACAACGAGGGAGAUAAGGAUACACUCACAUCUACAAUGAUGGACAUGGGAAAAUUAGUGGGUAGUCCGUCCACUUCACAGCAUUUCACUGCAGCUCAGAUUCCUACCGGUCAAUCACCUCAUUCAUCAUCAUCUAUUUUCGAUCUGGGAGCAACAGUUGCCAAUAAUCUAAAUUCGCAAAGUGUAUCUACGACGGUGUUUCCAAAUUCUAAUAAUCUUUCCGGCUUGGGAUUAGAUUUUAAACUGACAGAACCUAGCCCGGCAGCAUUGACUCUCAAACAGAUGGCCGAACAACAUCAAAAUAUGCAACAAAAGCAGCAACAGCAACCUCAGUCCCAACAACAACAGCAACAACAACAGUCUCAACCACAGCAAACCCAACAACAGCAAUCCCAACAUCAUCAACCACAGUCAUCACAACAACAAAACAUAUCUUUAGGAAUGGGAUCACCACAUUCUCGCUCUCCAUUCGGUUCAGACAGUUUUUCUGAUGCUUUGACUUCCAUUAGAUCAAAUUUUCUCAACAAUACAUCGACUAAUUUAAAUCAGGUUCAAAAGGCGGGAAUGUUCCCAACUAUGAGCUAUAAUCGCCAGCAGGGAUUUCAAAAUUCUAUGGUCAGACCUAACAAUGGUAUGAUUUUCAAGCAAGAAAAUUUUUCGUCCAACACUUCGGUUGACGAAGUUCAUAAGCGACAAACUCUUCAACAACAAAUCAACGAACAAAAAUUACGUCCAAAUUAUUGCGGUAGCGCAAAUUUAGAACAAAAACCACAGUUAGGUUUGGGAGGAGCUGUGACGUAUGGCACAACACGUCCGCUCUCUCAUUUCACGGAACCGACAGGACAAAACCAGAGACAAAGUCCGGGAUUUUUGAGAGCACAGGGACCAAGAAUUACCCCUCCGCCAACUCUGCAGUACAGUUCAUCUGGUGUGCCUAGACCUUCAUCAGCAUCUAUUCAUCUGAGUCAAACUCAACAAAUUCAGAUCAAUCAAAAUACUCAACAUCUACAGGUAUCCCAAGAACAACAAUUGAGACUCGAUGGCAGUAAACAGGGAACUACCACGACUAAUCAACAACAGAGCGGAUUAUUUGUUAAUUAUCCCCCAAAUUCAAAUUCGGUGGCCAACUUCCAUAUGUCUCAGAUUCAGAAAGUUAAUUUCGGCGCCGCUCAGUACAGUGCAGAAAAUAAUCAUCAGCCCAUCGGUCAGACAUCACCCGUUAGGUUCGUGCCUCAACAAAGGCCACCUCCUCCGGAUUAUGCGCGCCACGCCGGCACCGGUUUAGCUAUUUCUGUCCAACAACAACAACAUCUCGUGAGAGAUAAUAUACGAGGACUGACCGUCGCUUCGCAAAACCAACGAAUUAUGCAGACCACCGAGUUGAGUCGGAGAGGGUUGAAUCGAUCUUAUCAGGACGGUUUACAGAGUCAGAUCUCUCUUCAGCAAAACGCAGCUCCACCUCAUUACAGUCAGCAGGAUGCGGGCCCGAACGCGGUCACUAAUAAGCCCAUUUACACGAAUGCGCUGUCUAAACAUCAGAGACCGCCUAACGUCAACGUGGGUCCUGAAGGAUUGAAUAUAUCUCAACGCCCUCCGGGUCUGGGCACGGAAUGGAGGCAGAAUUUCACGCCACAGCACCCGGGAGUGGGCAGAGCCCAAACGCUGCGACUCCCCUACGGCCGUCCUCCCGCCCCUCAACAGACGAACUAUAAUAAUUCGAAUCUGGCAACGAGUUUAGAGAAUUACGUGGCCAAUCAGUCGUCCAUUCGGAUGACCGGAGGUGCCAUUCGGUCUCAGCGACCUUCGCCAGUUACUCAUCACCAGACUCAAGUAGUGCCACCUUCGACUCAUCUAGCAGUAUCCAACAGCGGGAGAGGAUACGCUAACCAGAUGUCGUCGCCAUCCAUCAUGACUAGCACCAAUCAGUUGUACGAUACCGUCCAAGUUCCGACCACUACGGCAACCUCUACGUCAGAAAAUGCGCAGUUUAGCCUGGAUUUCCUGGAUCACCUGGACUGCACAGCUUCCGAUCUACUCUCUCUGGAACAGGUGAUCCAGGAUACCGGCUCCCCGUUUCCCCUUUUAGAAGAUAUGGGACUGUUGGGUAAAUAAUUCUCGAGUACAACGAAAGACCGCGUUUGUGAAACGCGGUUUUGUUUGUGGUUAUUUCGCCGCGGUAAAUUUUUAUAUAUUAACUGUUAAGUUAUAAGUUGUCAACGUUCCAUAAUAUUGCAUCGGUUAGAAUCUCGACUCAUUCUGUCCAUCAGCGCGACAUUGUGCCAAUCGCCAUUCUCUCAGCUGGCCGAGUGGGCAGAGCUUCAUUCAUUCCAAAUCAAAUCAUUCCAUGCCAUCUGUACAUAGAUGAGGACAAGGCCUUUUUUAAAGUUAGUCUGCCCUGUUUGGACUCGUCUUUCGAAGAUGGUGGUGCUAUAUUCCCACGUGCCUAGACGGGGAUGUUUCUCAAAUGGCGUGGCAUAUGAUUUGUUCGGUUUUUCGUGCAAUUUCUAUUGUAUUGUCCCUGAACUUUUUAGCCAUUUAAAGAAAUAAAGUUUGUAACAAGAA